CUUCUAAAUUUGAGUAUUGAAUUUGAUGAUAUCUUCCAUCUUACACGUAAGACCGUGAUUCCAUCUUUUUUUGAGUCUCGUCUUGAGUGAAUAGAUAGGUAAUAUCUGAGAAAAAUAACCCAGUUAGUGGUCUGUGGGUCACACUAACCGAAGAAUCAUUUUAUACAAUCUGAAAUUAGGGGAUAUUUUUAAUGCAAACUAUGUACAGAGGAUUUUGAAUCAUUUUUAGUACUCCACUAGCCUGGAUAGUCUGCUGUCUAGAUUGCUGAAUAAUAAGAGAUACCUAAGGUUACUGUUUAUCUGUGGGCUAUCAUGUCAGCUGAUUUAGAAGACUUGUGAUUGAAAAUAACCUCAAAGUCAGUGAACUUAGUAAACUAUAAUUUUUUUAUAAAAGCCAUUGAAAUGAAAAUAAUUAUUCUAAUUACCGUUCUUCUCCAAGCUUUUAAUUUUGGUCGAUGUCAUUUAGAAGUAGUUCAAGACGAGGAGGUAUUAAAUUUGAUACGAACUGAAAAAUAUGUUGUAGUAUUAUUUUCAAGAAAGUACUGUGAACCAUGUGAUAAUUUUGAGAAUGAGUUAACUUCGUUACGAGAAGAUUUAGUAGAAACGUUGAAUGCAUGGGUGGUAAAAGUUGAAGAUAGUCAGUUAAGUAGGUUAUAUAGUCCUGAUAAAGAACCUAUAUUGGUAUUUUUCCGACAUGGCAUUCCAUUACUUUAUGACGGACCUGUAAACGAUGAGUACAUAUUACAUACAUUUACUACCAAUAAGGAACCAUUAUCUAAAGAAUUGACAGAUAAUACCUUUGAACAUCUGACACAAGCUUCAACUGGCGCAACUACUGGAGAUUGGUUUGUUAUGUUUUAUUCUACAGAUUGUGUGGAGUGUAGUCGCUUACAAGCUAGAUGGGAAGCAGUAGGUGCUUACAUCAAGUCAAGAAUCAACAUAGCUAGAGUCAAUAAAGGUGGAAGUGGUGCAGUAACAGGUAGAAGGUUUGAUGUAACAACUGUUCCUGCAUUUAUUUUAUUUAGGCAAGGUAAAAUGUAUCGCUAUCAUUUACAUAAAUAUGAUGUUGAAUCACUGAGAGAUUUUGCUCAGAGCUGGUAUAAAAAUGUUACGCCAGAAAAAAUUCCUCUGCCCAAAUCACCUUUUGAUGAUUUUGUAACAAUGGUGGUGGUAUAUAUGAAAGAAAAUCCUUGGUUGUUGCAACUAGCAUUAGGUACAUUUUUGUUAGGAUUAUUUUCAUCACUAGCCAUGAAGUUUGUACAGAAAAAACAACCCGAAAAAAAGAAGUCUGAUAAAAAGAGCAAAGAAAAGUCUAAAAAUAAGUAAAAGCUUAUAGAUUUUUUAAUAAUAUUUGGUAAUUAGGUAGUUAAGACUGACACACACUGUUUACUACUAUUACAAUAAAACUUGACAAAUUUCAGGGAUAGUUCUUCAGUAAGUGCAUAUGCACCACAAAAUUGAUGACUCCUUUUUUACAAAAAAAUUAAUUCAAUUCUGAACUGUUUUUUUAUGAUUGUUCUUAUUUAAAAAAUCAAUUAUGUCAUAAAUAGAACUUUAAAUCACAAGACACUGAUUAUAUGUAAUGUGAAAAAUCCAGCUAUUUCCGUUGUCUAGUGUCAAUAGACAUAUUCAUUUAUUGCACAUCAGAACAUAUGAACUAAUUGGUCAAUCUCUUGCCUUUCUCACUGUCGCAGUCUAGAGCAUCUUCCAAUGUUUAUACUAGUCUAUGCAUAUGAAAAAAACAGGAAUUUUGAUAAAAUAACAAAUUAGUUUGCAAUAUUCAAAGACAAUUAAUUUUUUUAUUUAGAAGAAAAAAUAAAAAUUGAAUGUGUUGGUGGGUCAUCCGCUAAUUCGUCAUCUUGAGGUUUUUCAGCAAAUGUAAUUGUUGAUAAAACAACCUGGCUUCUGCUCUCUCAAGGAAUGAUGUCAGAUCUUGCAAAUCCUUCCAUUUGGGCAUUUUAACAGGGAUGGGACCCUGAUAAAGUUUUCUCAGUGUUUUCUCUCCCGUUUUCUGAUUUCCUUCUUGUUUUUUUCUUAGGCUCUUCUUAAGCUUCUUAAACUUCAGCAUACUGAUAGGCCGAAUCUGGAAGGGGCCCUUCGUUGUACUCCAAUUUUGAAAAUCAAAAUUUUUGCCACAAUCAAUGACCUCGAAUGGUGUAGGUUUCACACGGCAAUUUCUUAAUUCGUCUCUCCAUUCAUCUGGUACCUCAAUGUAAGCUUUUUGGUUUACAAGACUCAUGUCUCGAUCACACUCGAGGUAUGAAUGUCCUCUGAUCGGAAAUAUUACUUUCACAGUAUCAAAACGGUUUUUUUGGUAACCAAGUAAUAUAGGAAUCGAAUAACCGUAAAGUUUUUAUUUUGUCCUGAGCUUUUGCUAGUUCUUUUACUUCCACUGACAGGAUCUUAUAAAAGAAGUGAUACAGCAUGGAACAGACUUCGUCAGCUCAUUUCUUAGCAACAGAUUCAUCGUAGGUGUAAAAUUCAGAUCUUAAAUUUGACAAAAUAUGAAUAUUGAAACUAAUGAAAUUUAGUUGACGUUUAUAGUAAACAUCAUUGGUAGUGAUGUUUGGGCAUGGCAAAUUUUUUUGGAAAUCCAUGGCGAUACUUUCCAUAGUCAGAGACUUUGCGACACGUUUGCGGCAAUUUCGCUUUAGAUUAUCAGAUUUGUUUUUGCCAAAUCAUUGCUUGCAAUCUUCCUCGUUUUAUCAUCCGGGAUGGAAUUUAAUUUUAGAGUAAGUGAAGAUAUGUCGGCUUUCAAGGUAUCACACGUAGGUACUGCAAGUGUCUUUGCGUAGAUAGCCAAACGAUAUACUAAAGUUGCUUUCAAAAAUUCCUCGAAAAGUUUCGUAGGAAACUUUAGCAUCAGUGUUGCGAUCAGAAUACAUUUUAUGUAGUUUGACUAUAUUUAGAUCUUUGGGCAGGUAAAUUUUUUUGGAGUCUGCCAAGGAAUAAUGAAUUUUUCGCUCUUUAAGACUCCUAAUGAACUCAAUCACUUUCUGUUUUGUGUCCUCUGAAAGUCUGUGAGGUCGUGUGUUGUGUUUUCCACGCAUAUCGACAGGUGCUUUCCCGGUUAAAAGCAACGACUCCCUUACGUAUCUAGCUCGACGGCUUGUGAUUCCGUGUAAAGAUAGAAAAGCCUUCAUACAUACUGGAACAUUACGAGUUGUGAAACCAUAUGUAUGUAUUCCACUUAAUGUCCUUAUUAUUUUACCAGCAGGUUAAUUGGAGAGUAUAUUAAAGAGCGAGUAUUUUUGAUGUCUAUACCAGAUGAUUACUGGUUUGAAUAAAAUUCAAAUUACUAACCGCUGUUUAAAUGAUUAUUUUCUGAUUCAUUGUUAUUCUUUAAUUUAGACAAAACUUCGGAUAAAACAAAUAAUUUCAGAAAGUUAAAAAUUUAAGGUUAUGCAAAAUCAUCGAAGUGAAACUGUCAAUUGUCAACAUUGAAGUGGCUAGAGUUACUCCAGAGCGUCCUGAAAGUGUUUUGCAGUACGGAACUGUCACUUUAACUACAUGGAACACUCAAAACGCAACUUUCGGUAUGUAAAUGAAUACAGAACGAACAACUUUCAGAUGGCGUCGUCUAAAAAUAUUUAUUUUCAUAAUUAACGAAUAAAACUGAAAAAAUUAAUUGUGUCUCCAUAUUUUUUAAUGUUCGAAAAAUAUCGAUAUUUUUUAGUCUGCAAAAAUCGAUAUUUUUUAAAAAUAUCGAUACGAUAUUUAUCGAUAUAUUGUUUUCGUUUACCAUUCCUAAGCGGCGGCCGUAUGGUCGGACCAAGUGGGGAGUCGAACCAUCCGAAGUCGGAUUAGUGAAGUUCUACUGUAUAUAGAUAGCAGCUUUACUUCCUUUAUUUUUAAUUCAAUAAUUUGAAUGUACGAACGCAGCGCUUUGUGUGUUGUAUGCUGCGCACUGUUCUAACAAAGUUCACCUUUAGCAUCAGAUUGUGAAAGUGUUUGUAGUGGUAAUAAAUAGUGUGUUCAGUAAGAAUACCAUUAACGAUUCUAGAAAUUCCAACUUAGAUAAGUCAAUACUGAAAUAUUUUGAUAAGAAAUUGUUUACUUCAUUUUUAAUUCAAACGGUUGUCAUUAUAUCGUAGGUAAAUCUGAUCUUAGAAAUUCUAAUCUUAAAUAUUGUUCUAAUAUUUUUUAUAAACUUGUUUGUUAUUAAAGAAGAAAAUAUAUUAUAAUAAUGUG